AUGGCGAAGAUGAUAAGAGCACUUAUCAUCUUCGCAUUUCUUGAUGCAUUUUACGUGGAUGCUCACAAGCAUCCUAAAACCCUGAAAGAGAUGUAUGCAGACAUAAAUAACGCUAAGCCUCAACAAUAUCUAGAUGCUCAUAAUGCAAUCAGAUUAGUAAUGGGUGUGCCUCCCUUACGAUGGGAUAAGUCCCUUGAAAGACGUUCAAGAAAAUAUGCAAACAGCCAAGCUCAUAUUUGCCAUUUAAUACAUUCUCAUGGUCCCUUUGGAGAAAAUCUUUUAUGGGAACUAUACGAUGAAGCUUCACCACAUGAUAUUGUGCAAAAAUUUAUCGAUGAGCAAGCAAAUUAUGAUCUUUCUACAGGUGUUUGCAAUUGCCCGCCUACUGAACCCGAUUGCAUGUGUGGCCAUUUUACUCAAGUCAUUUGGAAGACUACUGAGAAGGUUGGGUGUGCGGAUGUUGCCUGCAAGGGUGAUUUGGGAAGACUUGUUGUUUGUUCUUAUGAUCCACGAGGCAAUGUCGUAGGAGAAAACCCUCUUAAUCCCCUUGUUUAA